AUGGUGCUCAAGAAGUUUCGCAACGGCGUCCUGCAAGACUCAAACAUCAGCUGCGCUAUUCCAGAUGUACAAGAAUCCACAUUCGAUGACUAUGAUUGGUUUUUCAGCUUUCUGCGAUACGCCCGUCUAGUUUCUAAGAUUCGCAAUGACUUCUUACAAAUCACCUCGCUAAACCAAUCAGCCUCUGAAUAUGUUAUCAAGGGACAAGGCCUUCUAAAGGAGUUGGAGUCUUGGCGCCUAUCUAUCCCAGAGCGCUUUCGUGCUGGAGUGUCGCUCAAAACUCGGCUGUUGCGCGAACCACUGGCUCAACGAGUCGCGCUCAUGACACAUUACAUGUACUUCCACGCACUACUCACUCUAUCUUGGAGCCUGUUGCAUUCCAGUGCAAACAAGGUGGGACCCAUACAAGAGCAGCUUGAUCUGAAACGCAGUAUGAUGCGAACUGCACGCUCUGUUUUGGAGCUUACCAAGUUCAUCGAGGUUGCUCCUUCAACUCCAAUCUGGUAA